AUGGGGUCAAUUGGUGCUGAAGAAAUGGUGAACAGUGAGAAGCUGCAAGGUAUAAUGGGUGAAGGAGAAGAGAAAAUUUUGGUUUUGGUAAGGUUGAGGCCUUUGAGUGAAAAGGAGAUUGCAAAGAACGAGGUUUCAGAUUGGGAGUGCAUUAAUUCAGCCACCAUUUUGUACCGGAACAGCCUCCAAGAGCGGUCUGGUCUUCCCACCGCUUAUACUUUUGACAGAGUAUUUAGGGGUGAUUGCAAAACAAGGGAAGUUUAUGAUGAAGGAAUAAAGGACAUUGCUCUUUCCGUUGUCGGGGGCAUAAACUCAACUAUUUUUGCAUAUGGUCAGACAAGCAGCGGAAAAACAUACACUAUGAAUGGUAUCACCGAGUAUGCAGUGGCAGAUAUUUAUGCUUACAUGCAAAGGCAUGAAGAAAGAGCUUUUGUUUUGAAGUUUUCUGCAAUCGAGAUUUAUAAUGAAGUUGUUAGAGACCUCCUUAGUACAGAUAGUAGUACUCAACUACGGCUACUUGAUGAUCCAGAAAGAGGAACUAUUAUUGAGAAACUCACAGAAGAAACUUUGAGGGACUGGAAUCACCUCAGGGAGUUGUUAUCUGUCUGCGAAGCACAAAGGCAAAUAGGGGAGACCUCACUGAAUGAAACCAGCUCAAGAUCCCAUCAAAUUCUAAGACUGACAAUUGAAAGUUCUGCUCGAGAAUUUAUUGGAAAGGGCAACUCGACCACCCUUUCUGCUAGCGUGAACUUUGUUGAUCUAGCAGGAAGUGAACGAGCAUCUCAAGCACUAUCCGUAGGGCAGAGGCUCAAAGAAGGCUGCCAUAUAAACCGUAGUUUAUUAACUCUGGGCACUGUCAUUCGCAAACUCAGCAAAGGAAGACAAGGGCAUGUCAAUUACAGAGACUCAAAGCUUACACGUAUACUGCAGCCUGCCUUGGGAGGCAAUGCAAGAACAGCAAUCAUCUGCACCUUGAGCCCUGCCAGAAGCCAUGUCGAGCAAUCGAGAAAUACACUUUUAUUUGCUAGCUGUGCAAAGGAGGUAUCGACAAAUGCAAAGGUCAAUGUGGUGAUGUCUGAUAAGGCAUUAGUGAAACAUCUACAGAAAGAGGUUGCUCGGUUGGAAAGUGAGUUAAAAACUCCAGGAUCAAUCUGCGACCAUGGACCUUUGUUAAGAAAGAAGGAUAUGCAUAUUGAAAAGUUGGAGAAAGAGAUUAAGGAACUGAAAAAGCAACGAGAUUUGGCUCAUUCUCGAAUUGAUGAUUUACUUAGAGCUAUUGAAAGUGACAAAACUUCCCAAAAAUUAGACGAAUCUCGGUCUGUUAAUGGAGGUUUCAGGCGCAACGGAAAUUCAGACAUUACUCAUUCAGAAAACAGUGAAGAUUCUUACUCAUCAGAAGAUAUAUCAGAUCCAAGCCAAGAAGUUGAAGGACCUCUUGCAGAAGAUUCUGAUGAAAUAUGCAAAGAUGUUGUGUGUAUCGAGACAGGCGAAUCUGAUCACAACAGAACACUCGAGUCAUUACGCGAGUCAGUUAGCGAGAGUGAAACUAACAUGCCAACAUAUUCCGAGUCUCCAAGUGGCCACGUCAUGGCUUCACCUGGACACAUUAGUGGCACUGAUAAUAACUACUCUUACAGUGCGUUGGAGCAGAACAUGCGAGGCGUGCAGAAGAGUAUAGAUUCUCUUUUAAGAUCUCAGCCUGAUGCAUUUUCUCCUAGUGCCUCAUCAACUAGUGGGACGUAUUCUGGGAGCUUAAAGUUGGCUAGAAGCAGAAGCUGCAGAGCUGGUUUGAUUUCUGUCUCGUCUGACUUUGAGACGGCUGGAGAAAAUGAAAGCACGCCUCCAACUGUAUUGGAGGCAGAUUUUACUGGAAGAUUGGAAGGCGUUUUUCAGAGAAAACAGUGGAAGAUUCCGCCGGUGAUGUACGGAGCAAAUAGUGGGAAGCUGUCCGUGAACGAUUCGGAGUCCUCCGAUUAUAGUAGUUUUGUUGAUGAAAUAAAGAAUGAAAGCACUAUCAAUGGUGAUGAGGAUAUUCCCACUCUUGGUUCUUUUGUCGCAGGGCUUAGGGAGAUGGCUAAGCUUCAAUAUGAAAAUCAAAAUGGUCAUCAGGUUGAGAAUACAAGUGAAAACAGUACUAAAGGACUUGCUUUGGAUCCAAUGAAUUCACCGCUGAAGUUUGAGAAGUUGCAGAGAUUGAUAAUCGAGCAUUGGCAAGCUUGCAAUGUGUCGCUGGUACACAGAACAUAUUUCAUCCUCCUUAUUAAAGAUGACUCGGCAGAUUCCAUUUACAUGGAGGUUGAACAUAGGAGAUUAUCCUUUCUCAAGGAAACAUUUUCAAAGGGUGGUUCAGCUGUACAAGCUGGCCGUACUCUUACUCUGGCGUCAAGCAAGAAAGCCCUUCGUAAGGAGAGAGAAACACUGAGCAGGCUAAUCAACAAAAGAUACACGGAAGAUGAAAGAAACAAGAUUUACAACGAGUGGGGCAUCAGCUUGACCUCGAAGCAAAGAAGGUUGCAACUGGUCAACCUUUUAUGGACCAAUACGGAGAAUAUCGACAGCGUAAAUAAAAGUGCCGCUAUUGUUGCUAAGCUCAUUGGUUUUUCGGACCAUGGUCGAGCAAUCAAUGAGAUGCUUGGAUUUAGCUUCAUGCCUCCGCGCCUACGAAGAUCGUUUGGCUGGAAAAAAAAUAGUAUGAUCUCCGUGUAA